AUGGCGGUCGAUCCAAAGAAAGCGGACGAAUGGCUUGAACAAACCGUAAAGACCUUCGAAAUGCUUCACAUCGAGGAUGGUGAGUUGAGGGUGACUCUUGCUAGCUACUAUUGCAAGGGUGACGCAGGCCAACGGUGGAAGUAUGCUAAGGGCCGAAUAGAACCAACAUGGGAGGCAUUUGUGGUAGUCUUCCAAGACAAGUACUUGCCUCCCAUGGCUAGGGAGAGAUUGAGGCAGGAAUUUAAGGAUCUUAAGCAACUAAAUAUGUCCAUGGCCGAGUUUGAAGCGGCCUUUUCUAGCUUGUCCCAGUUUGCACCGGAAUUGGUAGCGACGGAGGAGCGCCGUUGCUUUGAGUUUGAGCAGAGGUUGAGGAUGAAGAUUCUGUUCAAGGUGGCUGGGAAAAUGAUCCGGGAUUAUGAUCGCCUUGUGGAGGCGGCCGUACAUGCGGAAAUUAUUGUGGAGGCCGAGGAAGAGAUACUUUGGAAUUCGAGGUCUAAGGGCCAAGGAUCGCAUGGAGAUUAUAGGCCUAAUAAGAAGAGUAAGAGCACAUUUUCAUCCCAAUCCCAGCCACAACAAUCUAGAUCUACUUUUCCCUUGCCUAGUGCGGGCUCGGGAAGAGGUGCGCCGAGUGGGUUUUCUUGCUUCAAAUGUUGCCAACCAGGUCACAAGGCCUUUGCAUGUACACAGAAGGGAGGAGGACAACAGAUGUUGUCGCCACCACCACCUAACCGAUCUCAGAGUCAGUCUCAGAGUAGAGGGCAUGGGCCUACUUGCUAUCAGUGCAGUCAUUCGGGGCAUACGAAGAGAGCUUGUCCACAGUUGGGAGGCGCAUCUGGCGCAUCAGGGUCAAGGCAGACUUAG